CCGCUGGCCGCCCAGCUCGGCGGUGCCAGGAAGGUCCAGCUGCCCCCGGGGCCCUUGUACCGCGUGGAAGGCGCCACCCUGGCCAUUCCCUGCAACGUCUCCGAGUUCGAGGGUCCUCCUCUGCAGCAGUUUGAGUGGUUCGUGUAUCGCCCGUCGGCUCCCGACAUCUCCAUCGGCAUGGUCAGCACGAGGGACCCCAACUUCCCUUACGCGGUUUUUGGGGCCCGGGUGCAGGCCGGCAACGUCUCCAUCCUGCGCCUUCGGGGCGAUGCUGUGGAGCUGCGUGUCAGGGCGGUCCGGAUGGAGGACACGGGGGUCUACGAGUGCUACACGCCCACCACCGACUCCAAGUACCAGGGCAGCUACAGUGCUAAGGUGGAGGUCAGAGUUAUCCCCGACCAGCUCGCUGUCUCCGCUGCCCCUCCCUCUGCUGCAAAGCCCCCUCUCUUGGGCCGGGGGGCUCCUCCCCCUGCCCAGAUGGUGCUUCUGGAGAGCCAGGACCUGCUGCUCACCUGCUCCGUGGCCAGCGGGACCCAGCAACACACCCACCUCUCGGCCUCCUUCACCGUCUCCGCGCCCGGCAGUCCCCGGCUGCAGCAGGAGGUGAUCGGGCUGCGGCGGGACUUUGCCCUGGAAUCAACCGGGCGUUUUGCCCAGCGGCGCCAGGCCCGGGAGCUCUCCCUGGUCAAGCUGGGCGACUGGAAGUACCAGAUGGCGCUGGACCGGCUCAGGCCAGAGGACUCCGGGACCUAUCACUGCGCCGCCGGGGAGUGGAUCCAGGAUCCUGAUGGCAGCUGGCAGCAGAUCACUGAGAAGCGGGUGGCGCUGGCCGAUGUCUCCGUUCAGAGCAUAGUGAGCCAGCUCUCGGUGUCUGCCGGCCCCCCCAGAGCCCUGCUGAGCCCCGGAGACUCCCUGGAGCUCUUCUGCAAUGUCUCCGGAGCCGCCGUCCUCCUCCUGCCCCACGUGGCCUUGGCCGUCAGCUGGGAGCUGCGGAAGGAGGCUGACGGGGAUGGGCAUCUCGUCGCCCGGCUGGAGGCCAGCGGAGGGCUUGUCCUGAGCCAGAACUACGCCAACCGCAACGUGGGCAGGAGGCACGUCUCCCUGCAGAAGCUGGCCUCCCCUCUGGGCGCUUUCCUGCUGCGGAUCGAGUCGGCCCAGCCGGCGGACGUGGGCUCGUACCGCUGCGAGGUUCAGGCCUUUUCGCGGUCUCUGAGCGCAGAGCUGCAUCCGUUGGCCACCCUGAGGUCCGAGGUGAUCAGCGUGGAGGUCAAGUCCCAAGCGGUGGUGCUGGGGGCCGUCGCAUGGCUGCCCUGGCCCACCCUCCACCGCGGCAGCACAGCCGACCUCCGGUGCAACGUCUCCGUGGAAUCGGCUCAGGACGUCCACCUGGCCCUCAGCUGGUGGGCAGAGCUGCCCCAGCCGGACUCCUCCCCGCUCGGGGUCCUCCUGGCCUCCGUGGACCGCGAGGGGGUGGCGCAGCUGGAGAAGACGCCGUCCGGAGGGGCCCUGAGCGUGGAUAAAGUGGGGCCCCAGAGCCACCGUUUGCGCCUGCACGCGGUCCAGCCGUCCGAUGAAGGGGGCUACUAUUGCGCCGUGACUGCCUGGGUGCGCUCCCCUGACCGCAGCUGGUACCAGGCGGCUUCGGCAAAGUCCAACGUGGUCACUGUGUACCCGUAUCCCCUGGCCAUGGACACCCUGCUCAUCCCUCUGGCGGUCGGCAUCUCCAGCGCCCUCCUCCUGGGGGUCUCCAUCCUGGUCUCGGUCACCUGCUGCUUCAUGGCCAGGCUGCGCAAGAGGUGAACACCGGCCGGGAGGCCAGAGCUUUGCAAUCUUGCUAGUCACCAAGAUGGUUUCUCCUCAGCCGAAUCUCUCUGCUCUGUGCCGGUGUCCGUUUUGCCCGAGGGCAGGUGGGGGGGCACUUCCCCUCCCCCCCCUCCCCUCCAUCUGCAGACCCCUUUGCUGCUGCUCUUCUGGGCCACAUUGGCGGCUGCUUCCUGCUCAUCAAGGCGGCCGCGUCUCCUGGCGGUUGGGACUCUGGCGGAGCACGGCUGCCCCCUGGAGACUCCCCUGAAGGGCAAAUGUGGGCGCCCGUCUCCCACCACCCGGAUUCUGCCAAAUGGACCCUUGAGGGAUCGGGCACCCUUCCGUCCCACACCUGGCCUCCCGAGGACCUGAGCCUCCCCCUCCCCUGGCUUCCCUUGGUUUCCGGGUGCCAAGGCUGCUGCCGGAGUCCCUGACAGGCACAGGGAGAUGCCGUAGCAGGCGGCUGCAGCCCAGCAGGGAGACCGGCCACCGCAGGGGCUGCCCAGCAGAAAAGCCGGAGCAGAGCGGACAACGGUUCUUUCGAAGAAGAGCGUCUCUCUGUCAGCAGCUGGGCUGUUCCCAGCCAGGGGGGUCUGUUUCUGCAAGCGUCCCAAGGACUCAGUCCCAGCAGGCACCUCUGGACUUUUGCAGCCAAGCAGCAAAGGACGCUAGUCCCUCGAAGGACGCUAGUCCUCUUUAAGUCAUUUGUGUUGUGUGAGUGUGUGCAUGCAAGCAGGAGGCCCUCCUUUGACUCCCUCCUUCCGUUGCCAGCAGGGGGGGCCUGGCUGUGCCCACCACUCAGUGCCCGUCCAGAGAGGGUGGCUUUGGGCUCCUGGCAUCCUACGGGCGCCUUCUG